CUGUACAGCCAUGCUAAAAAGGAGAACUGGCAGUCUUGUUUGACUAGUGACUCGAGCUUUGCCGGGUCACAGCAAAAGGCCAUUGUCUCCUUUUUCUCCUCCCUUUUAUCGCAGCCCACAGAAGAGUUGCCGACAAAAGGAACGACAGAGUCAAUACAACAGAAUUGACAGACAACUGAUACAGUGUACUUGGACUAGCUUACCUUGCUUUCAUUCAGACUCAACAACAGAAGAAACGGUCAAGAAACGGUCCACAACGAGUCAUUACACCGGUCAGAUCUGCCAACGCACCUUAAAAAUCCAAAACGGACCCAAUCCAAGUUCCAACACAACCGACCCCUCCCCAAUAGUAUCACAUCACAUUGUUAACAAUCAUAACACCAUCAGACCUUUCCCCGUGACAAGAAAAAUCAUUUUAGCUUGCCCGGUACUUAAGCCUACACGAAUCCACAAAAAGACUCACACUUGCCUCAAACAAAAAUGGGUCUCUCCAACCUUGCCAAUAAGAAUCUCCAGCGAGUUCCUCCCAGGCCUCCCUCGCCCACUGAACCUCGCAUCACCCUUCAAUCCACCAUCGACAAAAUGCCUGAAGUAUCUGCAGAAGUGAAAGGGCAAAUUAUGACAACAUGGAUUGAACUCCUCGACAAGGAUCCCAGCACAGCGGCAGCAGCCUGGUGUGACCUCAAUGAGGAGCUCAUCGCCAAUGGAGACGAAGACAAGCUCGGCCCAACACUCAUGCUGGUCAACACAGGACAACACAACUUCGAAAUUCUCAGCUGCCUCGCCCGGGCCCCGACCCAUGCCGAAAUCCGAGGCGCCUCGGCUACGGCAUCCAUCCUUGGAACAGGAAAGUUUAUUGCCAUUCUCGGCACUCGCGGCCCCAAACCUGACGACGAAGACAAGUGGCUCAUAGCUCUCGUGGACCCGGAAGACACUUUCAAACUGCGCUCCCACAAACUUUCCACCUGGGACAGCAUCCCAGACCCCGAAGCAACUGACACCCGCGACUCCAACAAAGGUUUGGAGGCCACAGAUGAAACCACCACUGAGUACUACCCUAUCCUUCCACUCAUAGGAAAAGAUGUCUGCCAACUCGUGCAUGACGGCCUCUGCUAUGACAAACCCACCGAAGAAACAGACAAAUGGAACCCCUUUGUCACCGCCCAGAAACUCAAACCGUACCUCGACGACAUCAACUUCCCCGAUGACACCACGAAACAGAAAGUCCACAGCAUUCUCCUUGGUCUGACAACCGCAUCCUCAAACCAAAAAGAAUGCGGCGCUAUCAAGUUUGACCUCAAACCACGUGCCACAGUGGACCCACCCCUCCACGAACUCAUGGUGCCGCUUAUCAACAGCAUCCUUCCCCCGCAGGCUACCAGCCAUUUCCGGACAAUCCACCUGGGACCACUGGCACUCCACCGGAGCACAAUGCCACAACCCCAAAUACCGCGAGCACCCCAACGGGGCACAAUGCCCCGGCACACAAUACCGCGAGCACCCCAACGGGGCACAAUGCCCCGGCACACAAUACCGCGAGCACCCCAACGGGGCACAAUGCCCCGGGCCUACCUGGCACUCCAAACGAGCACAAUGCCACGGUCACAGCUGGUGGCACUCCAAACGAGCACAAUGCCACCGGCGCCCCCAUGGGGCAGCACGCACUCGAUGAGGACAGAGACCAACACCACGUCCAGUUCACUGAACCGCUCUCGCAAGACGAGCUCUGGAAUACCACUUUCCGUCUCCGUCCCACCACUGCAGCUCGCACCACUGUCGAACCGCCAGCAAAACAGCUUCGACUGUCUGACGACCGUGGGUUUGAUGCGCUUGACACCUACCAAAAGUGCCAGAUCUUGACAUACAGCCGAUGCACGACUGCAAGCCAAAUCAAUGCGGCCUACAUCGAAAUGUUAGCCAUCUCCAAGACCAGUCGUUUCGCAUACUUCAACAACACCAUCCUGCCAAUCCUCAACAGGUGCGCCCCUCAAGCUUUCUCGGGUUUCGAGUACACCGAACAGGCCAUCAACGAUCUGUGCGCGUGCAAAUGGUCCUCAUCCCGCACCGAGGAUUGGUGGAACGGUGUCAUUGGCCACAACAUGGCACGCAAUGCAAAAGAAAUUAGGGAAAUCAAUGCCCAUUACCAGCGUGAACGGCGUGCCCAGGAGUACAACCAGAUUGUCGACAGUCGUACGCAUCGUUUCGCGCUCACGGCCCCAGCCCCCAUCACAGAAAUGAUCCAGCUGCUCAAUUUCCUCCAACGCGUGGUCGUCUACACCCGCUACUUCCUCAGACUCUCCGCCGUCGCCAAUGCGGCCAGUCAUGUGCAUGAUACACUCCUCCAACGGGGUGCCUAUUCUGUUGACAUACGCACGUGUGUGACGUGGCGUCCUAACGCUAGUUUUAAGUCUAAUCUCACAAUAUUCCG